GAAGUUCUCGCCUCAGUUAAAGGCCUCGGCCCGCGGUGCGCGGCCUCUUCCUGUCUGUGCCUGAGCGGCGCGUGGUCAACGCCGAGCGGUAGAGACUCCUCGGCUGUGUCUUCAGGAUGACGGAGUGGGAAACAGCUGCACCUGCAGUAGCAGAGACCCCCGACAUCAAGCUCUUUGGAAAGUGGAGCACCGAUGACGUGCAGAUCAAUGACAUUUCUCUGCAGGAUUACAUUGCUGUCAAGGAGAAGUACGCCAAGUACCUGCCCCACAGCGCGGGCCGCUAUGCGGCCAAGCGCUUCCGCAAGGCGCAGUGCCCCAUCGUGGAGCGCCUCACCAACUCCAUGAUGAUGCACGGCCGCAACAAUGGCAAGAAGCUCAUGACCGUGCGCAUCGUCAAGCACGCCUUCGAGAUCAUCCACCUGCUCACUGGCGAGAACCCCCUGCAGGUCCUGGUGAACGCCAUCAUCAACAGCGGCCCCCGGGAGGACUCCACCCGCAUUGGGCGAGCUGGAACAGUGAGGCGGCAGGCCGUGGACGUGUCCCCACUGCGCCGUGUGAAUCAGGCCAUCUGGCUGCUGUGCACCGGCGCCCGGGAGGCCGCCUUCCGGAAUAUCAAGACCAUUGCCGAGUGCCUGGCGGAUGAACUCAUCAACGCAGCUAAGGGCUCUUCCAACUCCUACGCCAUCAAGAAGAAGGACGAGCUGGAGCGCGUGGCCAAGUCCAACCGCUGAUCGCUGGCUGCGGCCACAAUAAACUUGUUCGCCCUGUGGGGUGGCCCCUUC